AUGCCAGGAGGUCAACAUCAAGCUUUCACGUUUGCCACGGUCCUGAGUCUAGCCGGCGGUGCUGGCUAUGUGGCCAAGCGCCACACCCCGUCGCUCGUAGCCGGUGUGCUUUUAGGUGUGGGGUUUCUAGGCGCUGGGAUGCUCGUCCUAACGGACACGAUCACGGACCACCACUUCGAGCACGGCACGUCGCUGACCAUGUCGGGCAUCAUCACAAGCGUCAUGGGCCGACGCGCAGCUCUCACGGGAAAGCGCGUCCCGGCUCUGAUCGCCACGGCAGGCGCCAUGUCGGCAGGUUACCACGUGCAUCAGCUGUGCAACCCGCCCCGCAAGAUGCGCUACAUUCCAGGCGCUCCGCCCGUACGUAGCAGCUACGAUUAA